AUGACUGAACAAAACCAAAUGAAGAAGCAAAAGACCGUGGACCAACCACCAAGACCUCAAAACAUCGGUAUCAAGGCAAUUGAGGUAUAUAUCCCAUCACAAUGUGUAAACCAAGCUGAGCUAGAGAAGCACGAUGGCGUUUCAUCUGGUAAGUACACCAUUGGUUUGGGCCAAACCAACAUGGCUUUCGUGAACGAUAGAGAGGACAUCUACUCAAUGUGUCUAACCGUGUUGUCCAACAUGAUGAAGCACUACAACAUCGACCCAAACCAAGUCGGUAGAUUGGAGGUCGGAACAGAGACAUUGCUUGACAAAUCGAAGUCCGUCAAGUCUGUCUUAACCCAAUUGUUCCCAGAGAACAAGGAUAUGGAGGGUAUCGACACUGUCAACGCAUGCUACGGUGGUACCAACGCAGUCUUCAACUCCAUCAACUGGAUCGAGUCUUCUGCUUGGGACGGCCGCGACGCUGUCGUGGUGUGUGGUGACAUUGCUAUCUACGACAAGGGUGCCGCUAGACCUACUGGUGGUGCUGGUACUGUGGCGUUGCUAAUUGGCCCAGACGCUCCUAUCGUGUUUGACUCCGUCAGAGGCUCUCACAUGGAUCAUGUUUACGACUUUUACAAGCCAGAUUUCACCAGCGAGUAUCCAUACGUUGACGGCCACUUUUCCCUAAGCUGUUACGUCAAGGCGUUGGACGAAGCUUACAAGGCCUAUUCCAGAAAGGCUAUCGCCAAGGGCCUCGCUGAAGAGCCUGCUGGUCCAGAAGCUGUUAAUGUCGCUAAAUUCUUCGACUACAAUGUGUUCCACGUUCCAACCUGCAAACUAGUCACCAAGUCUUACGGUAGAUUGCUGUACAACGAUUUCAGGGCGAACCCAGCGUUAUACCCUGAGGUCGACGCUGCAUUGGCAAAGGUCGAUUACGACGCCAGCUUGGCAGACAAGAACAUCGAAAAAACCUUCGUGAACGUCGCUAAGGCUUUGCACAAGGACCGUGUCGCACCUUCCUUGACCGUUCCAACUAACACGGGUAACAUGUACACUGGUUCUGUGUACGCUGCCCUUGCCUCGCUAUUGUUUUUCGUCGGGUCUGACGCCCUACAAGGCAAGCGCAUUGGUUUGUACUCGUACGGUUCCGGUAUGGCCGCCUCUCUCUACUCUUGCAGAGUCGUUGGCGACAUCAAAUACAUCACCGACGUUCUGGAUUUGGACGUGAAGUUGCAAUCCAGAAAGACUGAAUCCCCAACCGAAUAUGAAAGUGCCAUCAAGUUGAGAGAAAAUGCUCAUUUGAACAAGAACUUCACGCCUAAAGGCUCCAUCGAACUCUUGCAGCCAGGCACUUUCUAUUUAACUAACAUCGACGACAGAUUCAGAAGACAGUAUGCUGUCAAGGAAUAA